GAGCCGCUGCUCCGGGUACUCCCCGCCGCCCCGCCGCCGCCGAGAUGAGUUUGAGCCGUUUCUGCCGCUUGCUGAAGCCAGCGCUGCUGUGCGGAGCUUUGGCAGUGCCCGGCCUGGUCAGCACCAUGUGCGCGUCCCGCGAUGACUGGCGCUGUGCAACUUCCAUGCACGAAUUCUCAGCCAAGGACAUCGACGGGCGCAUGGUGAACCUGGACAAGUACCGGGGCUACGUGUGCAUCGUCACCAACGUGGCCUCGCAAUGAGGCAAGAGCGAUGUAAACUACACUCAGCUUGUCGACCUGCACGCCCGAUAUGUUGAGUGCGGUUUACGGAUCCUGGCUUUUCCUUGCAACCAGUUUGGAAAGCAGGAGCCAGGGAGCAAUGCCGAGAUCAAGGAAUUUGCUGCAGGCUAUAAUGUCAAAUUCGAUAUGUUCAGCAAGAUCUGUGUGAACGGGGACGAUGCCCACCCCCUGUGGAAGUGGAUGAAAGCCCAGCCCAAGGGGAGGGGCAUUCUGGGGAAUGCCAUAAAAUGGAACUUCACCAAGUUCCUCAUUGACAAGAAUGGCUGCGUGGUGAAACGCUAUGGCCCCAUGGAGGAGCCCCUUGUGAUCGAGAAAGACUUGCCUUGCUACCUAUAACUGCACAAGUCUGCGUCCCCCCACACCGAGCCCCCCAACUGGGCCCCUUGGAGCCUUCCACCCGGCGCCCAUGAAGGUCUGUCUGCAAACCAGCCCGCUGGUGGGGCAGACCCGAGAACCCGGCGUGCACCCCCUUGCCGGAGGAAGGCCCCCCAAGGCCCAGCUCAGGCUUGGUGUCCCCUUCCAACCCCCACCGCCUUCUUGGAAUAAAACAAAUAAAUUGGCCA